AUGUGGGGAUCUUAUUAUAUUAUUUUGACUAUUGGAGACAUCUAUGAUGAUGAUGAUGAUGCUGUGACACAAAAGCGUUCUGAAACCGAAAAUUCUGUGAAUCCUAAUGAAUCUGAUAAUACAUUGGUGAUACAACCAGACUGUGGAAGUGGCAAUGAAAACUAUCAUGAACUAUUCAACAUGGAACAUGAAGUUGAAGGUGCAGAAGUCCAGCCUGAUCAAGUAGCUUCACAAAUGAACCAUCCAACACACUUCAAAAAAUAUAUUUCUGAGUCAACAGAACAGGAUUUUUGCUCAUCACCCAAAGAAGGACAACCAUCUCCUCCAAGACAGAAUAAUCUGGGAAAAGAUGUGAUUGAAGAAUUCUAUGAAGCAUAUCACCGAAACCAAAUUAGAGCAUUUCAACAUUGUUUCCAGGACUUACAAGAUCUUAUUGAACAAACGAAUAGACAGUUUGCCAAGCUGAAUGGAAUCUUUAUAGCAAUGCAAAAGUUUUGGGAGAGAUCACUGACACAACGAUGCACGUCUGUAGCGACAUCUAUAGAAGUUCCACCACCAGGAUUCCCUAGUGUGGCCAAUAGCCCUGAUAGGAUGAAUUACUCAGACUUUUUAAGAAGUGGGAACAUGAGCCCAGAUACUACCUUCUCAUCUGUCUGCCUCCUUUCCCACUUUGAUAUGCCAGGAACAGCAGAAGCUAGCUUGGAAAAUAACUCCGAGGCAAGGAAUUACCCACCUGUAUUGGGUAAUGACAUUGGCCAGCGUCUUUUGUCUUCAUCUCCCAGCUCCUUGUCUGAUUCUGUAAGUGAAGAAUUUGUAAAGAUAGAAAUACCAGAAAAUAUGGAAAACAGCUCAGAAGACAGUCUUGAGAUAUUGAGUUGCCCAUCUUCACUGGAAAGUGACAGAGAUCAGAGCUUUUCAUCUUCACUUUACUGCACUUGCACCAAUUAUGGAAUGUUGGGUGAAAAAGAAACUGGCUUUGACAAGAACCUUCAGACAAUGAACAACUUACAUAUAAUGGAAUAUGAGAGUGAAAUAUCUCCCUAUUCAUCUAUGUCUAGUUCUCCCAGUUCUGAAACAUCAGUAGAAACAGGAACCAAUAUGAAAAGUAACUCUGGCAGGAAGAAUCGCCCAAAGUUAAUGAGAAAUUAUGGAGGUCAACAUCCUUUCUCAUCAUCUGUUUGUCCUCUUCAUCGUUUUAGUUUUGGAUAUAUUGGAUAUCCAUUCAGAUGUAUAAAGAUACCAAAUUCAGUGAUAGAUGUAGCGAAAUCCAUGUGUCGCCCGGAGCACUCAGCCAAAUACCUUCUCCACCACCUGUUCACAGAUGAUGUCCUGAUCAGAAGUAACGUUUAUGGCAGUUUGGAGCAAGGCCUGUGUGCUCUUGACUCCAACAGGAUUAAUGCCCUCCGAGAGUUUCUCCAAGACACCUUCCCUGUUUAUGACCUAGAAGAAACUGGAUGUGACUGGCAGCUGUGUGUGAUCGCCAUCGACAACUGUAUCCGUAGUUUUAGAUCUGGCCUUAAGAACACUGUGGUCGAUUUAUAGACGCAGUUUACAGGGAAGAAUCCUUGAGAAGAGCCAGAGCCAAGAGAGAAUGAUGAAACCAACUCAAGUAUUUGAAUGUCAGCUGUGUUGUUUUUUAAAAAUGUUAGAUGGGCUGUAAGCGUCUCAGUUAUAAUUCUGAAACAAACCUUAAGAAAUAGCCUAAGCUCUUUUUCUGCCUGCAAAGGGAGACAGAAUUGCAAUAGGAAGAUAUGUAAUGGUUUUGUCUCAUAACAAAAUGAUGGGUAGGAUGCUGCUAUGAACCUCUGAUUGAGGGAAUAGUAGCAUAUGCCUAACAGUCAUCAUUGUUGUUUGAAUGUAGAGAGUAACAUAUUUAGCAUUUAGUGAUAGGUGAAAUCUGCGUUAUCAGUGAAGUACAGAUAGAUGGGCAGAGAGCUGUGGUUGGAAGCACAAACCACAAAUCCAAGCAUAGUAACUUGCAUGUAAUAGACAUUCUGUAUUUACCAAGUAAAUUGAAACAACAGAGCUUAGAUAUAGCCUGCUAAUUUAGAAGGCAGGUGUUAUUUACAUAUGUCCAGUAUACCCACUGUGGCUUUCUUAUACACUCUUCAGAAUCUUAGGAUUGAUAUAACAUUUAUUUGACCUAAAUCUUCCAGACACAAGACUUAAUGUUCUUUUGAUUUACUCCUGACAAGAACAGUAUUCUUUUAAUUACUCAUGAUAACAUGUUGUCAUAGAUGUUUUCUCAGGGAG